UGCCAGAUCACUGGGACUCUCAACACCACAGCUUCACCAUUGCUGCUAUUGAUUGUCGCAAGGAAAAAAAGACAAGAGAAAGAGCCAAAGAAGGCCAGACACCACAAUGCGCUGCUUAAUUGCCUUUCUUUCUCUUCUUGCACUGGCUAAUGCCCAGUUUGGUGGCUUCUUCGAUCAAAUGUUUGGCGACGCGCCGAACCAUGGGCAAGGACAGCAGCAACGGCACUCCAACAAUCCAAGCGACGCCGGGCUCUACCGCCAACGUCACGAUCAAGCCCUGUGCGACAAAUAUCUCUGCCCCGACACACUCGCCUGCGUUCACUUCCCCCACCACUGUCCCUGCGCGUGGGAUGCACACCAGGACAAGUUCGAAUUAGGGGAAGGCCACCGAGUAUGCCUGUCAAAGGGAGGAUACAAGCCCACCGAUGCGGCGCGCAAGAUGGAGCUGGUGAGGAAGGGACUGCUCUAGCAUGAGCCGCCUAUACUGUCAAGGAGAAUGUAUGCGUGGCUUCCAUUAGGACAACAAGCAAAAGGUCGAAUACAGUCGGUUUUCUGAUUCACAUCAGCCAAGGAUAGAAGGUCUUUGUGCUUCCAGUCGGACGACAGUCCGGUUUUCGAUGCCGUUUCUCGAUGCGAAAGUAAGGUCAUCAGCACCUCUCGACAAUGCCAGCCCUCACUACUGCACGUUUACUCAGUGUCUCUGGGACCCGAGGCAGAGCGACA